AUGCGAAAAGUUGGCGAAAAGAGAGUGACAAAAAUCCAGGCCGAUCAGGUUGCAUUGCUCCCCCAGCAGCAAACCCGAACAGAAGUAUCACCGGUAACGGACCUCAAGCCCGGCCCACAACCUCUCCAUCUAAGACCCGCACCUGGAAAGAGGUCCAUCACUUCCUCAACUCCGGAACACACUGGCAAGAAAACUGGAUUGAUGCCACAAACCUCGCCUCACCAGGAGACUAAGCAGCGGGAGAGCGAUAGCGGUCCGGGCCUAACAGCCAGAAAUGAAUUUCUCUGGGAUACUUUCAGGAAGUACUACGAUUGUGAUUUAGCUGGCCCUGUCGCGGUAUGCGUUCGAUCCUCUGGUGACCGCGGCGUCCGGGCGGUACGCCAGUAUCCGAUUGAGGACGCUGACAGGGUUUUGCAGAUCCUCCGCUCCAUACACCAUAGGAAGCUGGCCUCCAUUUGGGAGUGUUUCCGGACAAAGGAUAUUAUGUACACGCUGGGUGAGUUUGACCCUCUCGUUCUGGAUCAUGUUGUCGCUUGUAAGGCCUCCCCAGACGAACAGGAGCUGGCAGCCGUUAUGUCUCAGUUUGUUGUGCAUAGAAGGCAGCGCUAA